GUGGAUUUAACUGAAUAUCAAUUAUAAUUUGAUGGGUUCUCAGUUUUUCUGGUCAUAUCUUUAUGGAUCCUGCAGCAGUGUCAGCUGUCAUGAAUCACAGUGCACAGUUCCUCUACCGUUUUAAAAUGAUGAUGAUAGGUGACAAUAAUGUGGGCAAGUCAUGUAUUCUGAAGCGCUACACAGAGGGUCUGUAUCCAGAGAGAUGGGUGACCAUUGGAAUGAGCUUCUGCAGUCACAUCCUAGAAGUGGAACCUGGGGUGAGAGUGAAUCUACAGAUUUGGGAUACACCCGGUCAUGAAUCGUUUUGGCGUGUUAUCUGUCCUUCCACCCCUCAAUCAGCUGGAUGCAUGCUGGUGUUUGACCUGGGUGAUCGUGAGUCUUUCAACUACGUUAAAUAUCGGCACAUGGAGGUGUGCAAUAUUGUGCAGCCGUAUACUGUGCUCUUCAUGCUUGUGGGACACAAGUGUGACAGAGAAGAGCGGGAGGUGAAUCAAGAUGAGGUGGAAGAGUUUGCCAGUGAAUUGGGAGCACCGUACAUCGAGGCCUCGGCCAAAACUGGUCACAAUGUGGCAGAAGCUUUUGAACUGUUGACCCGGCGCAUUUAUCAGGGCUAUCUGAGCGGAGAAGUGCACUUGCAUGAGAGCUGGGGAAAGAUCCAUAAAAAAUAAGUCAGCGGAAAACAACAAAUGCUGGACUCAUAAAGUCAACAUGAAACUGCAUGUUUUCCAUAUUAUGACCAAUCAAAUGUAACCAGGUAUUUUGACAAAAUAAAAAAUGAAGGACAAAAACCACUAAAAAUUAGAAAUUGCGACUGAUUCUGAUUGUUCUAUAACCAGUGUUUGCUGU